AUGCUGACUGACACAGGCCCAGUGGCCAAGCUCUACUUGUCCAUAAUCGAUGACGUGAUUGACAGCGUGAGAGAGCUCUUCUUGGAUGAAGGAGUUGAAGACCGGGUCCUGGAUGAUUUAAGACAUCUCUGGGAGUCAAAAGUGAUGCAGUCAAAAGCAAUGGAAGGCUUAAGGAAAAACACCAACCCAUCCAACUUUGUGCUCCAGCUUCCUGCCAGCUACACUCAGAGUGAUCAAGAGCUCACCGCCUCAGUUGUCAUCCCCGGAAAUCAGAAUAUCCGCAGCUUCCCGGUCAAGAACAAUUCAGAGACACUUGCUACCUUUUCCCUCCCUGCUGGAUUGGCUUACCCUGUGCAGAUACCAGCAGGAGUCACUCUACAAACAGCCUCUGGUCAACUUUACAAGGUCAAUGUUCCUGUUGUGGUUACGCAGGCCCCAGUGGGUCAGCAGCCUGCCACCCAAGCCAUGCAGAAAGUCACUGAAUGGAGGGAGGCUUCUGUCCCCCAGCCCACUGCAAUCCCACCAAAUCCUAUUGCUCCCCACGAGGUAGAAACAUCCUCUGUUCCAGCUCAGUCUGUCACACAGCCAAAGACCAUUUUACCCUCCGGUAAGGAGGGCAGCCUUCCCCUGCAGUCUACAGAGCCAGAUUUCCCACAGGAAGAAAACGAGCCAAAUCCACAACCUACCCUCAGCACGACCGCCUCACCUUGCACUCAGUUAUUAGACUACCAGAUCAGAAGAGAGGAGGCUCUGGCACAGAUGGCUCAGAGCAGAGACAUUGAUGACAUCCUGAAAGAAGUUAUUGAGGAGGAGAGAGAAAAAGCAGAAAGGGCAAAGAAGCUAGCUCCUGUGGAGUCUGACAGCCAGUCUGAAGCAACUCUUGGGUUGGAUCUGGACUGCAGCUACAGCCAGUUCUCAGACAUCGUUCAGCUCGAUGGUCCUGCAGGCAACUCUGACCUCGAGGAGGAAGAGGAGGUUCCCCUGGAAGAGAAUGACUUUCUGGGUAUAAUCAAUGCAGAGGCCAUGAAGGCCCUGCAGGAAGGAAAUGAAAGCAGUGAUGGCAACAGCAUCUCCUCCAGCAGCGACGGUGAAGGUGCAGAUGAACUCGCUAACAUAGAGGAGGAGGACCCUCUGAAUUCAGGGGACGAUGUGAUUGAGCAAGACAUCCCGGACCUUUUUGACACUGACAAUGUCAUUGUUUGCCAGUAUGACAAAAUUCACCGCAGUAAGAACCGUUGGAAGUUUCACCUGAAGGACGGAGUGAUGUGCUAUGGCGGCAGGGACUACGUGUUUUCGAAAGCAGUUGGGGAAGCAGAGUGGUAA